CAUGAUUUCGUUAGAAAAUUGAAGGGAUCUUUCAAAUUGGAAAGAUUUUUGUGAAUUUCCAGCACAAAAAAACAAAUAAUUUUUACAUGGAUAACAGAGGGAGACGCACCUUUUAAUGUAGUUCAAUUCGAAAUUUUCGGUAACCAUGGCAAGACAGCGACUUCUCGGCUCGAUCCUGGCCAGAGUCGGAGCCCAAGUGCGGCGAAACUAUCGGUCUUCAUUUGUCCACGGCACUCGUCUGGAGUACGUUUCCUACAGCUCGCCGCGCAAUAUGAUGCAGGCGCCGCCCAUUGUGGUGAUGCACGACCUCAAUCUGUCAUCGGCAUCGUGGCGACAUGUGGCUCUUAAUCUCAGCCAGUCAGGUCUGCGCCAGGUGAUCACCGUGGAUGCACGGAACCAUGGCCUCAGUCCCUACAUAACCGGCCAUUCGCCAAUGCACCUGGCCGCCGACGUGGAGGCACUGAUGAGCCACCAGAGUCUGAACAAGAUCGUGGCACUCGGACACGGCAUGGGCGGUCGGGCAAUGAUGACACUGGCACUCACGCAGCCGCAACUCGUGGAGCGGGUCAUACUGGUGGACAUCACACCGGCACCGGUGCCCAGUAACUUCUAUCUAACGCGGCAGGUGUUCGAGAUGAUGCUCCAGGUGGCGCCCAGUAUUCCAUCAAAUCUAUCCCUUUCCGAGGGGCGCACGUUCAUCCUGCCAAUCUUCCAGGAUGUGGUACACGACGCCACCGAGCUGCGCCGCAUUAUCUACAAUCUGCGCAAGAUGCAGGACAACACCUUUGGCUGGGCAGUCAAUCCGCAGGCGGUGCUCAGCUCUUGGGGUGACAUGAUGAUCAACUAUGAGGCCACCUUGGGCGGACUGCGUCCUUACAUGGGCGAGGUGCUGCUCAUCGCCGGUUCGCAGUCGGAGUUCGUGACCACCACCAGUAUUGCAGUGAUGCAGAGGUACUUCCCGAAUACAGUGGUACAGAUUCUGGAUGCGGGACACUGUGUGUACGAGGAUCAGCCGGAACAGUUUGUGGAACUGGUCGUGGAGUUUACUCAAACAUGCUUAGUUUGUUGAAGAAACACUUCUUUGGUUAUCGUGACUAAUGUGACUUUUAUAUAUCGCUGGCAUUGGUAUAUGGGCUAAAAUUUCAGCACUCAACAGUACUCCAUCGAUAAUUGCGCUGUCAGCAGAAUGGAAACCGCAGAAAAAAGAGCUGAAUGGCAUGACCAUUUGUAGCCCAAAUCGAUGGCAACUCAACGUGGCAGGCAAUCGAAGCGAUGUUGAGUACUGAGUACUCGAUACGCGACGCAGGUGCUCCAAGUGGAAGCCACAAGGCUUGGAGCACAAAGGCCAAUCCCUCAACCCGCCAAUUUGCCAAUAAAGCAGCCGAAGGUGGAGACGAAAUGCGCCACAAUGCGAUACAAUUUAGAUUUA